CUCGUUCAGACGCAUACACUCUCUCUCUCUCUCGGCGAGAGGCGCUACAUUAUUAACUCGGGACUGCAGCAACCCCACCAUCCUGCCCAACCUUUCAGCGGAUUUCCCACAUACGCCAUUCGGCCCCGAAACCAUACUAGGGCCGUUGAUUCGGAGGGAGGGAGCUGAGGGAGAGGUCGGAGAUCGCUGGCGGAGGAGGGGGCAGCAUCGGGGAGCCCAGAGUGAACAAUGAAGGGGCGCCCUUCCUUUGCCCCCACAAUCAUCCUCCUCCUCCUGUGCCCACCGGGGAGCCGAGCCAGCUGCUCCACAGGGACAGCGAACGAGUGCAAGAAAGCUCUGCUAGCUCCGGGCGCAGACCUGGCAGGGGAAGGGUACAACGUAGUCAAGCUGCACCGGACGGGGGCGUUCGCCGUGGAUAUGAGGACCUGGCGCCAUCGGGACGGCACCUGCACCCUGUGCCGCAACUCGCAGAUGGAGGGGGCCGUGCAGCGCUUGCCAAGGGCGGUGACGGACUGGCGCGUCAGGUCCGAGUGCCAGCGCCAUCUCAGUACCAAGCUGUACGAGUCGGCAAGCGAGUUGGAGGACUCGGGGUCCUCACUGGUGGACAGUUCGUGGAGUGCGGGGCUGGAGAUCAACGUGAACCCCGAGAACAGUGGCAAGCUGAUGGUGCUGGGCACCAAGUCCAAGUUGGCCGAGUUUGCCCACAAACGGAGCUCCAGCGACCGGUACAGCUUCGCAUCCCAUACCUUCCAGUGCCAGCUGUACGAGUACCGCCUGGUGCACAGGCCUCGGCCCACGCCCCAGUUCAUCCAGAUGGCACGCCGCCUCCCCUGCAGGCUGGACUCCUCCACCCGCCUCUUCUACCAGCAGUUCCUGCACACCUUCGGUACCCACUACAUCAGCGGGGUGAGGCUGGGGGGCCGCAUCCGCGACGUCACCGCCCUCCAGACCUGCAAGGUGGCAUCCGAGGGACAGACUGUCGAGGAGGUCAAGGACUGCUUGGAAAUCGAGGCUGAGGCACAGGUGGACUCCAAGGUGCAGAUGAACGCCAAGUAUAAGGCCUGCCAGGAGGCCCGUGCCAAGCUGGCAGGCCAGAAGAGCUUCAGCCAGGAGUACAGCGACCGACAGGUGGAGGUGACGGGCGGCACCAUUGGGACUGGGACCACUGAUCUGCUCUUCUCAUCCGGGGAGACCUCAAACUUUGGGACCUGGCUCUCGGGCCUGGCCUCCACGCCGGGGGUGAUCUACCACCGGCUGGAGCCACUGCACCUGCUCGUACCCGGCCCCAAGUCAAACCCCAGGAGGCACAACCUGAAGCGGGCCCUUGUGGCCUACAUCAUGGGCCACGCGGAGGGGGCCGCGGGCCGCAACUGCUCGGUGAUGUGUCGCCGGGGCUCGACCCCCGACCCCCGGCAGCCGUGCGCCUGCCGUUGCCGUCAGACUCAGGAGGUGGACGGCCUGUGCUGCCCCCGGGGCAAAGGCUGGGGCCUACUGGAGGUGACAGUCAAUCGGGGCCAGGAUCUGUGGGGGGACUACGUGGGCGCCACCGACGCCUACGUGCGGGUCCGUUACCGCCGGACCACGGGGCCUGAGCUGGUGGCUACCACCUCAGUAGUGGUGAACAACAACAACCCUGUAUGGAACGCGGUGCUACGCCUGGGGGAGGUCCAGCUUGGGCCUGAGGGGGAGGACGCGCUCACCGGCCUGACGGUGGAGUGCUGGGACCAGGACCACGGCUACGAUGACGACCUGCUGGGCUCCUGCAAGGCCUCACCGCUGACCGCUGGCCGCAGGCCCCACGUCUGCUACUUCAGCUACGGCAGCCUCUCCUUCGAGGUCAGCCUGACCUGCGGGCCGCACCUGGGGGGGAUCCGCUGUCGCCAGUACGUUGCUCAACCGCUCCCGGGGUAGAGGCGGCUAGCCCCAGCCCUUCCUUAACACAUCCUCGCCCCCUCACACCGAGGGGGCUCGGCCUAGACCCUCCACAACACCCCCACCGAGGGGGCUAGGCCUAGACCCUCCUUAACAUCCCCCACCGAGGGGGCUAGGCCUAGACCCUCCUUAACAUCCCCCACCUGCACCGAGGGGGCUAGGCCUAGACCCUCCUUAACAUCCCCCACCUGCACCGAGGGGGCUAGGCCUAGACCCUCCUUAACAUCACCCCCCCGCACCGAGGGGGCUAGGCCUAGACCCUCCUUAACAUCACCCCCCCGCACCGAGGGGGCUAGGCCUAGACCCUCCUUAACAUCCCCCACCUGCACCGAGGGGGCUAGGCCCAGCCCCUCCUUAACAUCCCCCCGCCCGCACCGAGGGGGCUAGGCCUAGACCCUCCUUAACAUCACCCCCCCGCACCGAGGGGGCUAGGCCUAGACCCUCCACAACACCCCCACCUGCACCG